AACCGGAAGUGAUGUCACGCCGCGCUGGGUUGGGGGCCCGCGUGGUUCACGCAGGUCCCUGGGAUCUGGCCGUGGGAGUUUCGACGUGUUUUGCCCCGCUUGUGGUAGAACGGUCCCGGCGCAGUCGGCAAGAUGGUGAAGCCCAAGUACAAAGGACGGAGCACCGUCAACCCCUCGGCAGCCAGCACCAACCCGGAUCGAGUACAGGGAGCAGGAGGCCAAAACAUGAGGGACCGGGGCACAAUCCGGCGCCUGAAUAUGUACAGGCAAAAGGAACGCAGGAACAGUCGUGGUAAAGUCAUUAAGCCCCUGCAGUAUCAGUCAACGGUGGCUUCUGGCACAGUGGCACGAGUAGAGCCAAAUAUUAAAUGGUUUGGAAACACACGUGUGAUUAAGCAGUCAUCAUUACAAAAAUUUCAAGAGGAAAUGGAUAAAGUUAUGAAGGAUCCAUACAAAGUUGUUAUGAAGCAGAACAAGCUACCAAUGUCCCUUCUGCAUGAUCGAAUCCAGCCUCAUAACUCAAAGGUCCACAUUCUUGAUACUGAAAGUUUUGAAAGUACAUUUGGCCCUAAGUCACAGAGAAAGCGGCCAAAUUUGUUUGCAAGUGAUAUGCAGUCCCUUCUAGAAAACGCCGAAAUGUCCACUGAGAGCUACGACCAGGACAAGGAUCGCAAUUUGGUGACUGAGGACACUGGUGUGAGAAAUGAAGCCCAAGAAGAGAUAUAUAAAAAGGGACAGUCCAAAAGAAUAUGGGGAGAGCUCUACAAGGUAAUAGACUCUUCAGAUGUUGUGGUUCAAGUUCUUGAUGCCAGAGAUCCAAUGGGUACCCGUUCCCCUCACAUUGAGGCUUACUUGAAAAAGGAAAAGUCCUGGAAGCACCUCAUUUUUGUGCUCAACAAAUGUGACCUUGUUCCAACUUGGGCAACUAAGCGAUGGGUUGCUGUCCUCUCCCAGGACUAUCCAACACUUGCUUUCCAUGCAAGUCUCACUAACCCCUUUGGCAAAGGAGCGUUUAUUCAACUUCUCCGGCAGUUUGGGAAGUUGCAUACAGACAAGAAACAAAUCAGUGUUGGGUUUAUUGGCUAUCCAAAUGUUGGCAAGAGCUCUGUGAUAAACACGUUGCGUUCCAAGAAAGUUUGCAAUGUGGCUCCCAUUGCAGGAGAGACAAAGGUCUGGCAAUAUAUUACCUUGAUGCGUCGGAUAUUCCUGAUUGACUGCCCAGGAGUGGUUUACCCCUCUGAGGACUCAGAGACAGACAUUGUUCUAAAAGGAGUGGUUCAAGUUGAAAAAAUUAAGACUCCGGAAGACCAUAUUGGUGCUGUCCUUGAAAGAGCAAAGCCAGAAUAUAUCAGUAAGACAUACAAGAUUGACUCCUGGGAGAAUGCUGAGGACUUUCUCGAGAAACUAGCUUUCCGCACUGGGAAGUUACUAAAGGGUGGAGAGCCCGACUUGCAGACUGUGGGUAAGAUGGUUCUCAAUGACUGGCAGAGGGGCCGGAUCCCUUUCUUUGUCAAGCCGCCCAAUGCAGAGCCACCUACAGCCCCACAGCUUCCACCUUCCUCAUCUUUGGAAGUUGCCACAGAAACAACCCAGAACAAUGCAGAAGAGAAAACUAUGGAAGCUAUAGGUGAAAAGUCAGAAUGUGUCACUGAGAAUGAACCAGAUAGAGACAAGCCCCAGGAUGCUAACUCGGAAAUGCAGCAGAUCCUUGCACGGGUUCGCCAGAACUUUGGCAAAAUCAAUGUCGGGCCUCAGUUUUCUGGGGAUGACCUGGUUCCUGUGGAGAUGUCAGACCUGGAAGAUCUGGAGAGCUUUUCUGCAGAUGAGGAGGAGGAACAAGAGGAGGAACAGCCCCGAGAGAAGGCCGAGGAACAGCCUUACCAGGACUCCUGGGAAGAGCCAGUGGGAAGUGACACCAAAGCCGUGAUUAGAGCCCUGGAUGAAAAGAUUGCCAAAUACCAGAAGUUUCUAAAUAAAGCCAAAGCUAAAAAGUUCUCAGCCAUCAGAAUAUCCAAGGGCCUAAGUGAAAAGGUUUUCGCAAAGUCUGAUGAGCAGAGAAAAACAUCUGAAAAAGUAGUAAAUGACACGGGCGAAGCACCCACCAAAAAGGGAAGGAAGCGGAAAGCACAUAGGGAAGAAGAACCCUCAAAUAAAACUCAAAGGAUGCUGACAUGUAAGGAACGGAGGAGAGCAGCACGACAACAACAAUCCAGAAAAGUUGGUGUGCGCUAUUAUGAAACACAUAAUGUGAAAAAUAGAAACAGAAACAAAAAGAAAACCAGUGAUUCAGAGGGACAGAAACACAAGCAGAAGAAAUUCAGACAGAAGCAGUGACAUCUAAAAAGUUGUUUAUUAAAUUGUACAAAAAUAUGACAUUAAAAAUUGUGCCCAUUUUCUUCAUGGCCA